AUGGCGUACGAAGGCUCUGACCAUAGACCACUACUGUAUGUAUUUGAACCAGGAAAGAAAAAGGGGAAGGGGCUUUUUAGAUACGAUAGGCGUUUAAAAGAUAACCCUGAAGCCACCCAAGUUAUAGUAGAUGCGUGGAAAGAAGAAGCCAACAAACCAAUCAUCCAUCGCAUAGCUCGGGUUCGAAGUGCAAUCUCCAUAUGGCACAAGAAUAGGCAUCUCAACAGCAGGGAUAAAAUAGUAGAAAAGAAGAUGGAGUUAGAAGAGGCCCUUUCAAGCACAGCUAAUGAUCUAGUACUGAUCCGAAAAAUCUCUGAGGAGUUGAAGAAAGCUUACGCGGAUGAGGAAGCGUAUUGGAAACAACGGAGCCGUCUACUCUGGCUCAGACUUGGGGAUCGCAACUCUGGGUAUUUUCACGCAGACACAAAAAAUAGAAAGCGUGCAAACUCCUUCUCCGUAAUCGAAGACGCCGAGGGGAAUAUGGUCUAUAAGGAGGGGCAGAUCUCCACAGUGAUAAUAAACUACUUCAAGGACCUGUUCACCAGCGCUGGUAGAGACGACUUGGAUAUAGUAGAAAGGGCCCUGACACCCAAGAUUACAGCGGAGGACAAUGGGCUACUUGUCUCCAUCCCCAGCGCAACAGAGAUCAAAGACGCAAUCUUCUCAGUUCACGCCGACAAAGCGCCCGGUCCGGACGGUUUCUCUGCGAGCUUUUUCCAUUCGAACUGGGAUUCUAUUGGAGUAGACAUAGUGCUGGAGGUGCAGCAAUUCUUCGAAACUGGCUUUCUACCCGAGAAGAUCAACGAAACCUUUGUCCGACUAAUCCCGAAGAUCCAGAAUCCGAAAGCCGUCUCGGACUACAGGCCCAUAGCCUUGUGCAACGUUUACUACAAGAUCUUCUCCAAGAUCUUGACAAAGCGUAUGCAACCACUGCUAGCUCAGGUCAUCUCGGAAAACCAGUCCGCAUUCGUCCCUGGGAGAGCGAUUUCGGAUAACGUCCUUAUUACACAUGAAGUCCUCCACUACUUAAAGACGUCCAAAGCAAAACAGAGAGUCUCAAUGGCGGUGAAAACUGACAUGAGCAAAGCAUAUGACAGACUCGAAUGGGGCUUCAUACGGAGAGUAUUAUUGCGGCUGGGAUUCCACGCAAAAUGGGUCGACCUGAUCAUGGCUUGCAUCACAUCUGUUACCUACGCCUUCCUCAUCAACGGCUCGCCUAGAGGAAGAGUUAAACCGAGCAGGGGAAUCCGACAAGGAGACCCACUAUCACCAUACAUAUUCAUCUUGUGUAGUGAAGUGCUCUCGGGGCUGUGUAACAAUGCGCAAGCGGACGGCAGCAUAGAGGGGAUCAGAGUAGCCAGGGGCUGCCCUCAGGUUAACAACCUCCUCUUUGCCGAUGACACUAUGUUCUUCAUUAAAGCGGACAAGGACAGCAGCUCGGCUCUGGUCUCUAUUCUGAAACAAUACGAGUUAGCGUCGGGUCAGACAAUCAACCCAAACAAGUCGACUGUCACCUUCUCUUCCAAAGCGCCGGGACCUUUAAAGACAGCCAUCAAAGACGUGCUGCAGAUUCAGAAAGAGGGAGGUAUUGGCAAAUACCUUGGCUUGCCCGAACACUUCGGUAGACGGAAAAAAGAUCUCUUCACUGCGAUUGUGGAGAGAAUAAAACAGAAAGCAAAGAGCUGGUCAAAUAGAUUCCUCUCUACAGCCGGGAAACUCACCAUGCUGAAAAGCGUCCUAACGCCAAUCCCCUCCCACUCGAUGACUUGCUUCAAGCUCCCUGUCUCUCUUUGCAAAAGAAUACAAUCCGCAUUUACGCGCUUCUGGUGGGACAGCAAUGACGGGACACGGAAAAUGGCUUGGGUCGCAUGGUCAACAAUGACAAAACAUGCCUCGGAAGGAGGAUUAGGUUUCCGUGACGUACAAUGCUACAACGACGCCUUUCUGGCUAAGUUAAGCUGGCGAGUCUUAAACCACCCGGAAAGCCUGAUGUGCAAAGUACUUCUUGGCAAGUAUUGCGCCAACGAGAGUUUCUUGGAAGUUGAGACAAGGUCCAACGCAUCCCAUGGGUGGCGUGGAAUUAUGAUAGGUCGUGACCUCCUCGCAGCAAACACUGGCUGGACAGUGGGUACGGGUGAGGAUAUAGAAGUAUGGAACGACCCCUGGUUGGAUAAUGCAAACCAACUGCGUCCGAUUGGACCGGCACCCGAACUCCUAGUUCAUCUAAAGGUUGCGGACCUGAUUGACCCUAUCCAACAUGAUUGGGACAGAGCAAAGAUCCAAGCCACCAUCCCUCAGUACGAAGAUACUAUCCUCAGAAUAAAACUGAGCAAAACAGGGGCGGCUGAUAAACUUAGCUGGCUCAAAACCGCAACGGGCGACUACACUACCAAGUCUGGCUACUGGACAGCGUAUGAAAGGAUGCGACAACACGAAGAACAGCACCACCAGGCGGAGUUUGACUUGAAUAAAGGGAUUUGGGGACUGGAAAUUGCCCCUAAGAUCAAACUGUUUCUGUGGAAGGUUUUCCAAGGAGCAUUACCAGUGGGAGAAAGAUUAAUCUCGAGGAAUAUAGCCGGUGAUCCAAAAUGCGUGCGAUGCGGUCUCACUGAAUCUAUCCAUCAUCUACUCUUUCAAUGUGAGUUCACUCAAAGGGUAUGGGCACUAGCUCCCAUCACCCCAAACGUUGAAGGUAGCGGAUUGAUAGACUUUCCUGUGGAUUGGGCGAACAUGCUAAGGCUGAACUGCCUUCCUCCAAUUGGCCUCACGUCUGCUCUACUUACCCCUUGGCUUCUCUGGUCUUUGUGGAUUGCACGCAACAACCUCCUUUUCAACAAGAAAACGGCCUCACCAGAAGAUGUCAUCACCCGGGCUGUAGCUGCUGCGAGAGAAUGGCUAAAUGCACAGGAACCAACUGUCAACAACCCCCGAAGAAACUCUAGAGUGGAGACAACAGUAGAGAAUUGCCACUGCUUACAAACAGACGCAGCAUGGGGAGCAGACACAGGACUUGCAGGCCUUGGAUGGACCGUCCAAAAGAACUCAGAGCGUUCAGAAUUUGGUGCACACUGCUACUACGUGGCGUCUCCUCUGGUAGCGGAGGCACUAGCCAUGCGCGAAGCAGUCCAGAAAUGUCGAGAGUUGGGGAUCCAACGCCUCCGAUGUGAAACAGACUCAGGUUUGCUUGUCAAAGCAAUUACCUCAAGGAAACCAAGUCCAGAACUUUAUGGCAUUAUUUCUGACAUUGUUGCCUUAAUCUCAGAGUUUGAAUUGAUUCAGUUCAGGUGGAUCCCACGGGAGAAAAACAAAGCUGCCGAUGCUUUGGCUAAGAAAGCUUUGCGCCUUGAAACUAUUGUAUUGAACUCAACCCUUAGGGGUCUUUAA